AUGACGAAGCCGAAAAGUAAGAAUGUCUCGUUAUCAGUACAUAGCGCACUCCAAAGAACCAUGAAUGAUGUCGUCUUUGAGUUGCUUCUGAAUGUAGCCAAUCGGGCUGCUCUGGAGGGUCGCUCUGUCUUCUACUUUCGACCAUGCGAAUUAGUCCGUCUUAGCCAGUUCCAUAUUCAUGGCACACCUGCUUUUGACUUUACUGCUUGGGACUCCAUUCAAUUCUUAUACCCCACGGCUAACUCCCUCGUGCGUUUCUUUUCUCAAAUACACCUAACCAAGCGUCUUCCAGAUCUCAUCCUUAUUGAGCAGUUGGACCGAAUAAUUGGACUGCAGCGGGAUGACUUUCUGGCUCGACUGUAUGCUCUCACUUGCCUCUUUGUCGAUGCGCACGAAUACAUUCGUCGGCAGAAGGCGUCGCAGGACUUGGCUUCAGACUGUCCUCUUCUGGUGAGCUGUGCCAUUCCUCGGACUUUAAAAGAUUGGCACCUUGUUCCUCACGGUCUCCGCCAGGCCUGUCUUUUUACAAAAGAGGGUAAUUACGACGACUCUCAUUUCUCCUUGGCCGAUGUCGAGAACAAAUUCGAGUUCAAACUCCUCUUAAAAGAGGGAGAGGUAUUCUUUACUUCGUUCCUGUAUGACACCGAUUUGCUGCCUUUGGUUCAACUACCAAGUAGCUGA